CAAUCAUAUUCUUCUUUGAAUUGGCAGCAAAAGAUUUCUUCUUCCGAGGCGUGCAAAUUGAGAUGGGGAUAUUCACGAAUAGCUUCUCAUUUUUAAUGGGAAUUGGCUGUGGAAUCUUUGUUGCUCAGAACUAUAAUGUCCCAAACAUAAAGAAGCUUUUCAAGGAAUGGUCUUCAGAAGCAAAACACAUUGAAGAAAGUUACAGAAAGCCAAAGAAAGACGACAAAUAGUCAUUGAAUUUUUUACUUGUCUGUCACAUGAUUUUUUAAAGGUAAAUUAACUUAGGAUUCGUUUGGUACGGCUUUGUUGCUGCUUUUUAAAAUAGUUUUUUAUUUAAAAAAAUUAAAAAUUUUGUACUAGAAAGUUGCUUUAAGAAGCAGUAAGAAAGUCGUCCAAAACGAAACCUUAGGGUUCGAGUAAAAAACUGAAUGCAAAAAUUAUUAUGAAAUUACUGUGAACAAAAUAAAAAUUUUUGCUAGUAUUAUAGAUUUUUUUUUUGAAAAA